CUCCGUCUUGUCAGCCUUAAGAAGAUGCUCACGCUUCUGACCUCCAUGUGGGGAAAUUUAAUUGGGACAAUCUUCUGUGGGGUUCAGUCCGAGUGGAAAUAGGAGAACAUGCCCCUCAACACUCCAUAGGGCCUCUAUACCAUGCUGCUGAGUCAGGGCUGCACACAAUGGUGGCUGCAGAGUCUUUUGGCUUUGGUCAGGUAUAAAAGACACGUCGUCACCAAAGCAGCGUCACAGUUCUCUGAGGAACCAACGCAACCAUGGGCAAGAUCAUCUUUUACGAGGAGAGAAAUUUCCAGGGCCGCUCUUACGAGUGCAUGAGCGACUGCUCCGACAUGUCCUCCAACCUGAGCCGGUGCCAGUCCUGCCGGGUGGAGAACGGCUGCUUCAUGGUCUACGAGCGCCCCAACUUCAUGGGCAACCAGUACUUCAUGAGGAGGGGCGAGUACUCCGACUCCAUGAGCAUGAUGGGCAUGAGGGACUGCAUCAGGUCCUGCCGUUCAAUCCCCAUGCACAGAGGCCAGUUCAGGAUGAAGAUCUUCGAGCGGGAGAACAUGAGCGGCCAGUCCAACGAGCUGCAUGAGGACUGCGACAACAUCCAGGAGCGCUUCCGCAUGAGCGACUGCAUGUCCUGCCAGGUGAUGGAGGGCCACUGGCUGCUGUUCGAGCAGCCCCACUUCCGGGGCAAGAUGAUGUACGUGAGGCCCGGAGAGUACCGCAGCUUCAGGGAGAUGGGUCUCAACAGCAUGAGGUUCAUGAGCAUGAAGCGCAUCAUGGACAUGUAAAAAAAAAAAGUGUUCUGUUGAAAAUGGUUCACUGAAGAAACGUGAA